AUGGAUAUCAACAUGGAAGUUUUGCUAUCAAAACUUGACGAAAAACUAAAUAAACAAACACUAGCUAUCACUACAGCGUUAACAGCAAACGUAAUGGAGGUCCUAGAAAAUAGGCUAGCACCAAUCAUAGAAGAAAAUAAUAACCUAAAACAAAAAGUUGCAAACUUAGAAGUGAAACUCAAUUCGAUCGAAAAAGAGAAACGCAAAAACAACAUUAUCUUUUUUGGCUCCAACGAAAAAGACAAGAACGAGACUGAACUGAUAGACUACAUUAAAGAAACCAUUCAGGAUUCAGGAACCCAUUUGGACAGUCAAGAGAUAAGCAAUAUCUAUCGAAUUGGUAAACCAUCAUCCAAAUGUCGCCCCGUCGUCGUUACACUCACUACAACAUGGAAGAAACACCUGAUCUUGAAGAACAAAGCUAACCUUCCUUCAGGGAUAUAUGUCAAAGAAGAUUACCCGAAAGACGUUCUAAUAACACGCAAAGAAUUACAGUCAAAAGUAGAUGAAGAAAAGAAAAAAGGAAACGUAGCAUACAUCAAAUACGACAAAUUAGUAGUAAAGCAUCCAUACAACUCAAGUAAAGAAAAAAGGAAAAGAGAUAGCAAGUCACCAAAAUUAGCACCACAAAAGAAGCAAAAUACUAGGAACACAGAAGAUUCUGCAAAUACAGCAACAACAGCCCCAUCAAAACAACUUAUAGCCUUACAUAUCGACAAUUUGCAAAUGUACUAUGACAUAUUGGAAAACAUUAUCAUAACUAGUCUGCAAACAAUAGAAAUAAACAAGAAAACUAAGAAAAAGCCAACAAUCCUAAGAGAUACUACAGUGAACUUGAUAAAGAGACGUUCAGAAUUAAUAUCAACCAAAAAUAAAGACAGAAGUACAAAAACAGAACUAAAAAACAUAUUCAAGGUAACAAACAAAGCUAUUAAAGAAGAUUACAAUAACCACAGACAAAGAACCAUAGAGAAAAACCUGAACAUGUACAGAAGUUCCAAACGGGCAUUCAAAGAAUUAAACACUCAAAAAGUUUGGAUACAAAAACUUAAAAACGAACAUGGAGAAACAACGUCUAGAAGCGAUAUCAUAGAACAUGCAACUGCUUUUUACAGAGAGCUAUACAAGAAACCAUUAGAAGACGCUCCUGAGGAAAACCCAGCAAUUUUUGAGGAUACAGAGGAACCUGUAGAAGUGGAACCAAUAAGCACUACUGAUGUAUUUCAUCAUAUAAAAAAACUAAAGACCGACAAAAGUCCUGGACCAGAUAACAUAAGUAAUGAAGCUAUAAAGAUUGGAGCACCCAUUCUGAUUCCAUAUUUUGCCGAACUGUUUAAUAUGGUGCUGGAAAAUGGAAAAGCUCCCAAACAAUGGUGCUGCUCAAACAUAGUACUCCUAUACAAAAAAGGUAACCCAGCAGACAUUGGAAACUACAGGCCAAUAAGCUUAUUGUCCAGCAUUUAUAAACUUUUCACUUCUAUUGUAUUAAGCCGAAUAUCAGCAAAGAUAGAUAACAACCAACCAAUCGAACAAGCAGGCUUCCGUUCUGGUUUCUCCACUAUAGACCACAUACAUACAUUGGACCAGAUACUCGAAAAGUAUAAAGAAUACAACCGACCACUCUAUAUCGCGUUCAUCGACUAUGCAAAGGCAUUUGACAGCAUAUCACACAACUCGAUAUGGAAAGCGCUCGCCAUGUGUGGAAUAAGUAGGAAAUAUAUAGAAGUCAUAAAGUACAUCUACACGCAAAGUACCAGUAUCAUAAGUCUGGAAAAUAAAGGGGAAGAAAUAACAAUAGAGAGAGGCGUCAGACAAGGCGACCCAUUGUCUCCCAAGCUAUUCAUAGCAGUACUGGAAGGCAUAUUUAAAGAAAUAGAUUGGAAAGAAAAAGGACUGAAGAUACAGGGACAUUACUUAAACCAUCUCAGAUUUGCUGACGACAUUGUCCUUUUUGCAGAAACAGCAAACGAGCUAGAGCAAAUGAUACAAAUUCUGGACAGCAAAAGUAAAAAAGUGGGAUUACACAUGAACAUAAACAAAACCAAAAUAAUGACAAACCAUCUAAGACAACAGAUAAACGUGUCGGGUCUCUGUAUUGAGUAUGUGAAUGAAUAUAUCUACCUUGGGAAACAACUAUCUUUCGGUACGAAGAACAAUGAAGACGAAGUAGACCGGAGGAUCAACUGUACCUGGAAGAAAUUCUGGGCGCUUAAAGAAAUCCUUAAAGGAGACUAUAGCAUAAAACUAAAACAAAUAAUGCCCUUCAACAUGCCCUACGUCUCAAAUGGAAGUGGGCUGGACAUAUUUCCAGAUACAGUGAAAGAAGGUGGACACAAGAAACAACAAAAUGGCUGGGACCAGCUGGUAAAAGAAAAUCAGAAUGGAUGCAGUGCGCUGCAGCGCGCGGCGGCGGACGGGCACGUGGACGCGGUGCAGCUGCUGCUGCGGCGCGGCGCCGACCCCAACAAGCAGGACCACGUGCACGGCAACACAGCCGCGCACGAGGCAGCAUGGAAGGGCUACAGCCGCUGCGUGGCGCUGCUGGCGGCGGCCGGCGCGGACCUGCGCGCGCGCAACGCGGGCGGCUUUGCGCCGCUGCACCUCGCCUGCCAGAACGGACACAACCAGUCCUGCCGCGAGGUCCUACUGGCGGGCGCGCCGCCGGACAUACAGAACAACUACGGCGACACUUCACUGCACACAGCUGCUCGAUACGGCCACGCAGGCGUCACUAGAAUCCUCAUCUCAGCCCAAUGCAAGGUCUCCGAACAGAACAAGAACGGAGACACGGCUCUCCACAUCGCCGCAGCCAUGGGCCGGCGGAAACUGACCAGGAUACUCCUAGAAGCUGGCUGCGACAAGUCGCUCAAGAACCAGCAAGGCGAAACCGCCCGGGACAUCGCCACGAGAAAGGGCCUAGAAGAAAUCAUCAGCAUUCUCAAUACACCCGUAGCGAAACAACCCAAGAAGAAAGAAAAACACAGAGACAAAAGCAAAGAAAGGGGAGUGGACGAGCCCGAUGAAGCAAAGAAGAAAAACAAAGACAAAAAAAAGAAGAACGUCCAUUUUGAACAAGAGCCCCCGACUGUCCAGUGGUCCCCUUACGGUUGCCACUACUACCCCGAUCCUAAAUACUUCCCCAAGCCAAGACUCAGCUCGUUACCCACCGAACCCCUCAAAAAAGGCGAGCAGUACUACUUGGAUCUGGCCGGAAACAUCAAAAAGGGUCCAAUAGGCGCUGGCUACACGUGCUACUGCGCGCCAUUCUUCAAACACAUGGAGGAUAAAUUGAAUGACGAUAAGAAAGACCUGAAGAGACACAUAGACAGAGCUCAUGAAAGAUUAGACCAGAAAGUCACUGAUUUAGAAAUGAAGACACAAGGACAGAUUUCCGAGUUGACGAGAUUCGUAGCUGCGGAACGAGCGAUGUGCAAAGAGAGACACAAACAUUUGGAACAAUGGCUGACGCGGGGCAUGAUGUUCAGAGCAUCGGAGAGAGUCAGGAAACUAGAUUUCAGUCCUAAAGGCUCUUUGGAUAUUCCUCCAUUGAAGAGGACAAGAAGUUUGGAACUUCUGGAUGCGCACGCUGAAGAGUGGAAUAGAGUAAACAGGCUGAUCAGAAGCUUCAACAAAAACGCAGAACACUACGAGAGCAAUGCCAAAGAUCUAAAUGAAACUAAACCGACGUCUAAAAGUACUGAGGUUUUAGACACGAGAAGAUCCCCGCCGACUCCAAGAAGAAAAUUCUUACUUAAAAACUCGAGAAGUAGCGAUCAGCUUGAAGCAGGCCCAAGCACAAGUUCUAGACCUUCUAGAUCACCUCACACAUCGCAUGCAAGUCCGGCUCGUGAAAGUCAUUCACAAAAUGUCACAGCAGAAAUUCAUGUAAAAGCGAAUAAGAUUUCUGUCUCACAAUCCCCUGUGUCAGAGGUUCCAGAUUACAAUGAUCGCUACGCGUCACCUAGUCGGCAAUCAAACGCCAAGUCAGCGAGCAGUAGCAACAGACAGUCGGAUUACAAAGCGAGCGAUUCAGAUGGAGACAACCUCCACAGAGUUCAGAAAGAUAACCCACAGAGCGUUCCAGUUUGGAAAAGCCAGGUUCUUCAAAGAACAGCUGAUGACAUUCGGAAAAGAGUUAUGCUUGAGAAGGAAAUGUCUGACGUAUUGUCGAGGAGUAACCCGAAGUCCCUCGACAUAGCUCAAGACGGCUACGUGAAGCUGCGUAAACAGGGCAACUACCCGAUAGAAGAUAACAACAUCGUUCGAGAACCGAGAAAGUCGGUGCAAGAGUUAGUCGCUCAAGUGGAAUGCCAGCAGAUAUGUCAAUCACCUGAACUUAUUCCUUUGCCGAGGAAGAUGCCUCCCACCGAACUUCAAGACGAACAGAUCGCCCCAGUCAACGUUCAGCCGAGUCCAGGAAUAUUAAAGAUGCCGCAACAACCUCAACGACCUGCACCCGUGCUGAAAGAGAAGCCACCGAAGAGUAAACGAUUCAGUUUGCACAACCUCAUACCCUUCCCAACGAGGAAAACUUUCCAAACCCCACCUAAAGACAACGGGAACAAUUCCGAGAGCAGCGACGAGGAAGACAAUCCCAUCAGAACCACGCACCAGCCCGGACCCAUGCGGAAUGCUAACCUGCUACAGACAUUACCAUUACCCAACUACGAAACCAUGUCAAACAAGUCGCAAUCCCCAGCACCACAGGUCGCGGGGAAUCACAAUAACAUGUACAACCACGACUUACGGGCGAUGAUACCUAAGGACGCCUACUUCCAUGACAUACCGAACAGGCAGAUACAUCAUCAGAUGCCUUACAGGGACAUGAUCGACAACGGUCUCCCCGUGCCUCAGUACAACCCUUGUCAGCCGCAGUACGAUUACAAUGAAACCGGCCUCCCUCACACGCAGGUCCCUGCUCGAAGUAGGAACCCCCUGUACCACCACCAGACCGGGGUCUUCGAUGCGAUGAUGCAAGACCACAUGAUGCGGGAAAUGGAGCGGAUACCGCAAUGCUACAGCGACCAUUUGGACCAGAACACGGAGAUAGAAAUCGCGAACCAGAACGACCACUUUCGCGGCGGUUACUACGAUAACCAUUCGCCAGUGUACCCGAACUUUAGAGGGAAUGCACAUGGCAUGACCAGGAAACCUGUGGCCGACCACAAUUUGCUGCACAGUCGCCUUCAGUCUUUAGCCAUCAACACGCAUUUGACUGAAACGCAGAGUCAAACAGAUAGGGAGUCUCACAACGACUCUGGCUACAGUACUAAAGUAUAUGGAAGUUCCCAAGGACCCUCUCCAAGUCUUUCAGGGCACGUGGAGUGUUCAGAUAACCUUUCAGGGCAGCGAGUCAAUGUGGGUCCUGGGAAAGUUGGUGCACAACUAGGUGCUUCUAGUUUGGUGUAAAACACAUGAAUUUCUGUGCCUUCCAGUGCCUUUUUCUAUUUUAAAUAAGGAUUGAUACUCAAGCUUAGAAGCAAAUAUAACUACUUAUAGUUAUCUGAGUAUCUAGCCUUGAUUCAACAAAAAUAAAUACUAAACUACAUCUGGCUUUAAAAUAUCAAAAUUAUAUUAUAUGAGAAAACUAUUGAUUUAAUUAGUAUCGUAAGAGAUCAAAAAUACAUAACUCUCACUUUGUCACAUGAGCAAACUCACUGAUAAAAAUUAAUAAGUACAAAAUACUCACUUUUAUACUCAUAAACACAUGAUCACGUGUAGUUUAGGGUCAAAAACAUAACAAAUAAAGUACAAAUUUAUUUUUUAAUAUUGAUGCCAUGUAUCACAAUUAAUUUAAGUUAUUUUAACUGUCACAUUUAAAUAGUACUUUUUAUAUUGCAAACUACUGUUUACUUUGUGUAAAAAUGUGUAAAAAAAAACUUACCACCUUCCAUGUGGCUAUUAUAUUUUUGUAAGAAAUAAAAAGUAUACUCGUGUAAAACUGUAAACACAAGCGAAACAGUUUUGUGUCCUUUUGAUGAAUUACUCAACAAUAAGUUU